CGGUUUUUUUCUGCGCGGUGGCUGCCGGGCGCCUGAGCGCGUCAUGCCCCCUGUCUAUGAAUACUGCCGGACAAAUAUCAGCCGCGGUCGCGCUGCCGCCCCCUGGGCCGGGAAGCUCAGGAGGAGCCAAUCGGACCCUGAAGGUCUCUGCGACGGCGGAAGUCUCGGCCCCGGGCCCCAUCGGGGCGGCAAGCGACCACGGGGCCAAGGGCCGCGCCGCAGCAACCCCAAGUCAGCAGCGCGCUGCCUGGGAGAGCCCGCGGGCGGCCCCGCGCGCCCCGCCCCAGCGGGAGCGGCGAGGGCAAUAGGCCUGGAGGCGCCCCGUCCCGUCCUCCCUGCUGCCCACGGCGACAGCGCGACCGCAAGCCCAACGAGCCGGCAGCGAAACCGAAACCGACCGAAGCCGACGGGCCGCAAGCAACCAAGGGAGGAGGAGGAGGAGGAGGAGGAGGAGGAGGAGGAGGAGGAGGGAGGAGGGAGAGGCGCAGAGGCGCAGCUCCGACCCAGCGGCCGACCGAGCCAGACCCAGCGAACGCAACCGACGGCGACGCAGUCCCCUGGAUGGGCCCUGGGACACACAAAUAGAUAGGCGCCCAUCUUCCCUGAGAGAUGGGUCAAAGGCUUGCGCGUGCUGGAAAACAAGAUGCACGCGCCCGUGUGGCGCAGCACCGGCGCAGCCCAUCCGGUCGCGGACUACGACACGCGGUACCCUUUUUCAUCCAGGCGCGCCUGGCCAAAAUUUGGCGGGAGAGAGAAGGACGAGGGACGGAGGGGGGAAGACGAGGAGGGGCGAGGGAGAGGACGGACAGGCAGGGGGGGAGAGGGGAGCGG